CCACUAGCCUGAGAGGGUCUGUGCAUGUCCAAGCUGAGGGCAGCAGAUGCUGGACCUCGGGAGCCCUCUGCACCAAGUGAACAAGGCAGGCCUGCAGAGACCAGCUUGCCAACAGCUGGACUUGAUCACCAGCUUGAAGCUGAGAUCAUGCACUGGGUAGAAUAACAAGCGGACUUUGUUCUCUCUGGCUAUGCAAAGUGUUGUUUUCCAAGGAAUUGCCACAGCAGCAGACAGAAAACCAGAGCUCACCACCUGGACCCUUGAGUCAUUUCAGAGAACCAAAGUUCCUGGGAAGUGUGCAGGAUGAUGGUGGCCCUUCCGGGAGCUUCUGCUUCACUGGUUCUCUUUCUCGCAGCAUUUCUGCCCCCACUACAACAUGCCCAGGACCCAGCCAUGGUACACUACAUCUACCAGCGCUUCCAAGUCUUGGAGCAAGGGCUGGAAAAAUGUGCCCAAACAACAAGGGCCUAUAUUCAAGAUUUCCAGGAAUUCUCAAAAAACCUAUCCACCAUGCUGGGGAGGUGUCAGACCCACACGAAUGAGUACAGGAGUGCAGUGGAUAACCUUGCCCUGAGAGUGGAGCGUGCCCAGCGGGAGAUCGACUACCUGCAAUACCUCAGGGAAUCUGACUUCUGCGUUGAAUCGGAGGAGAAGACAUCAGCUGAAAAGGUGCUUCAAGAAGCAGAAGAAGAAAAGAAGAUCCGAACCCUGUUGAACACAAGCUGUGACAACAUGCUAAUGGCUAUAAAGUCUCUGAAAAUAGUGAAGAAGACCGUGGACCCAGAGGGCUCUUGGAUGAAGGAUGCUGGCAGUACCUCUGCUAAAGUGUAUCUAUUAGCUGGAUCCAGAAACAACACAGUUUGGGAAUUUGCAAACUUGCGGGCCUUCAUGGAAGAUAGUGUGAAGCCUGGUCCCCGGAAGCUAACCUUACCACUUUCCUGGCAGGGAUCAGGGCAAGUGGUCUACCAGAGUUUCCUAUUUUUUCACAAUCAAGGAACUUCUAAUGAGAUAAUUAAAUAUAAUCUGCAGAAGAAGACUGUGGAAGAUCGAAUGCUUCUUCCAGGAGGGGCAGGCCGAGCACCCAUCUACCAACACUCCCUCUCUACAUACAUUGACCUUGCUGUGGAUGAACAUGGACUGUGGGCCAUUCACUCAGGACCAGGUAUCCAAGGCCAUUUGGUUCUCACAAAAAUUGAGGCUGGCACUUUAGGAAUAGAGCAUUCAUGGGAUACGCCGUGUAGAAGCCAGGAUGCUGAAGCAUCAUUCCUCCUGUGUGGGGUCCUCUAUGUUGUCUACAGUUCCGGUGGCCAGGGCCCUCAUCGAAUCACCUGUGUCUAUGACCCACUGGGCACUGUCAGGGAGGAGCAUCUGCCCAAUUUGUUCUUCCCUAGGCGGGCAAGGAGUCACUCCAUGAUCCAUUACAACCCCAGAGAUAAGCAGCUGUAUGCCUGGAAUGAAGGCUAUCAGAUCAUUUACAAACUCCAGACAAAGAAAAAACUGCCUCUGGAGUAAUGGACAGCAGUUUGCAGAAAGAGUUGUGUGGCUUAGGCAGUGGUUUUUCCGGGACACUGAGGUCAUGGCCCCUUUACAUUGGAGUAUCAUAGGAAUGAGUUCUAAAAUUUAAAAUACAUAUUCUUUCUUUCUCAAAUGUUACCGCCUUAGGUAUCUUUUGAGAGCAUAGAUGAGGUCACAAUUUAGACCAAUACCUUGCCCUCACCCAAAUCUGAUGGGGAUUAAGGUCUCUUCCAUCUGGUUUAGUUAUUUCCAAUCCUUCCUUUUUUCUUUCAGCAUUUUCUCUGACUCUGCCCUAUUUCUUAUCCAGCAACUAGGAUCUUGCCCGUCCUGGUGUUGACUUCUUCUCUGGACUUCACUCAGGCUCUGUUCUCUUUUUCAAAUGCUUAUAAAGAUUUUUCAUUGUCCAACUGUACAUUUCUUGUUGCUGACAAGAAGCAACUUAAGAGAGAAAGGGUUUAUACCAGCUUAUUGUUUUAAAAGAAGCCAGGCACAGUGGUGCACACCUUUUACCCUGGUCUCCAGGAAGCUUAGGAAGGUGGAUCUCUGUGUGUUUGAGGUCAACCUGGUCUACAUGGUAAGUUCCAGGGCCAACAGGGCAAUACAGUGAGCGCUUGUCUUAAAAAAAAAUGGAUAUAGUCCACCAUAGUAGUAGUGAAAGUAUGGUAGCAGGAGCAUCAGAUGUUCAAGUCACAUCUGUAAUCAGGAUGCAGGAAGCAAACAGGAAGAAAGGCUACAUACACUAAGAAACUUAAAGGCUUGCUCUCAUAGUAACGCACUACUCGUCAUAGUGACACAAGACCUGCAUUCAGCUGGGAACCAAGCGUUCAUGUGAGCUUCUGGGGCACAUACUCAUCGGACCACAACACCCAGGAAACACUAUUUCUUCUUGGUGCCUAAUUUUUAUUUCCUCUAGCCUUGCUCUUCUGUCAAGCCAAGUGGAUACAGUAACAGUGUGAAAUCAUGAAUAGUUGGAUGUUACUUUCUAGUUACAAAGCUCUUUUUACAUUGUUUAAUUGUCUUUUCUCUUUGUCAGGUUUGUACACAUCUUCAUAGUUGCUAAGUUAGAGGUGAGAGUUCAGGUGAGUUAUUCAAAGUAGCAAACUACAAAAGAGCUAGAAAGACUGCAAACCUCUUAGUAUUUCCAUCAUCCAAGAAAGGAAAUAUCAAUUAGGCACUUUUCCCACUUAUCCUUAAUCAGUGUGUCCAUCAGUUCAGCCUAAAAAUAACACUCUGCCCCUUAGCCAGUUUUCAUGUAUGCACAACGUCUUAUAUAUAGGUCUUUCAAAGUCUGCUUUAUCUAAAAAACCAGUCCAAGGUAAGGAUGCAAUUCUAGCCUCAUCUUGUUUUUUUGUUGCCUGCUUCUUUCUUCUUGCUUUCAGUGUAAUAAAAGUGAGAUUAAGCAGAUAA